CCUUACGUAAGUAUUUAGCGAAGUUACGGAGAUUAGGGACGGUCUGUGUUUGGGAAAUCAGUUUAAAAUUGGCUAGAGCUUAAAAUAAGUGAAUCUUUAGGGAUCAGUCAUGUCUACAGCUGAUGUAGCAGAAAAGCCCUUAGUUGGAACGGUUGAUAUCGUCCUGUUUGCUUCAGUCAUCGGCGUUUUAUUGUAUUGGUUUUGUGGACGCAAAAAGAAAGUAGAGACUGCCGCUCUCACACAGAAGUUGGUCUUAGCGUAAGUUUUCCCGAUUACCUUGAAUUUGUUUUAUUUAGGGUGCAGUGAUAUUCAAGUAUAGAUUCAUUUUGACCUUUCAUCUUGUGGCAGACAGGAAUAUGUGCAGUUUUGCUUGAGCUUAAGCCGGUUGCAAUUUACAUUUUGUGUUGUUGACAUAUGUCAUUCUUUUUAUUGGAGCACUCCUGGGAAUAUUUUAAAAACGUUUUGAGUUUACGAACUUCUGUUAAUUACUAACGCGUCGUAUGAAUUUAGGAGUAGCAGUAGAUGUAGGCUGGCACAAAUUGCUGACAAGGCUAACUGCAAUCGCACGUAAGACCUAAUUAUAGUGUUCCGUCUCCAAAUUUCAAAUUUCAGCAGCUUUUUCCUGUUUGUACAGGCCGACUACCAAGAUUUCUCAAGAUGAUACAAGUUUUAUUGGAAAAAUGAAAAAAUCUGUGAGUAAAUAUGCCAUGAUAGUGCUGUGUUGUGUUACUAUAAAUAUUAAUUUACUGUUGUGGAAAUAUGUAUUAAAUUCUGCUUGCUUUCUAGGGAAAAUCAUUAGCAAUCUUCUAUGGUUCGCAAACUGGGACAGCAGAAGAGUUUGCCGGCCGCUUAUCAAAAGAUGCUCAACGUUAUGGAUUAAAAGCUCUUGUCUUGGACCCUGAAGAAUGUGACAUAGUAAGUUUAAAAUAAUAUUUGAGAAACACGUUUUGGUGAGCUAACAUUUUUACAGAGCCACUUACUCCAAUGAUCUGAUCGUUUAUUCUCCCUGAACAUUUCCUUGUAAAUUAGUUACAAGAAUAUUUGGGUUAGAUGGAGAUAACAACUUCUACCUGAUAAGUUUGAGUAUUCUCAUAACCUGUUUGCUGGAUAAUGUGUGGAUAUUAUAGGGAGAAGUUACAUGUAAAUCACUUCCGGAAUUUAAAGAGUAAAGAAAUUCACCCUUCCUGAUAUUUUCAAUGAUAAGUUCAUUUUAAAUGAUAAGUUCAUUUUAAAUGAAUAUGUUUGUUUUUAUAGGAGGAACUUGCACGCAUGGGAGAAAUAGAGAAUUCAAUGGCGAUAUUUGUUAUGGCUACAUAUGGUGAAGGAGAUCCUACAGAUAAUGCUCAGGAGUUCUAUGAAUGGUUACAGAAUGACAGGGAUGACCUGGAUUGCCUUAGUUAUGCAGUAAGCAUCUGAAGGAGAACAAUAAUUGUCAAACACAAUUGAUAAGGAUACCAUGGGAACUAUAGAAUGUGACCAUGAUUAGAGGGUGUACAUUUCAGGCUGUGUGUAUUACAGUUGAACCUCGAUUAUCUGGACUUUUCCUCUGGCCCUAAUUUUGUUAUGAAUAUUUAUUGGUCAUGAUCAAGAUUCGUAGCCAUAUUCUUUUUAAAACUACAGUGUUGAAAAGUGAAGUAAAGGGAAGUUUGUUUUGCUUUCAAAAAUAAAAAGCAGCCCUCGGUUUGAUUGGCUUAGAGUUUCUUUGUUGUUAAGUGAGAUUUCAAGCUCUAUUAGCUCGUUUGGUAUGUUAUGCAAGAUAAACAAGCUACACAGCAUCACAAAUGUUUGUUCCUCACAAAUAUUCGUAUUCUUGAUUAUCGGGUCACUUGAUUAUCAGGACUAUUUGGUCCAGUCCCAAUGAGAGCAGAUAAUGAGGUUCGACUGUAUGCACCUGUUGAUGGUUUGCCUCGGGAUGAGGAGGGGGAGGGGAAUUGACAUUUUCAAGUUUUCAAAAUCAAUUUUCUUACUCAUAGGUAUCCAUUAUAUAUUGAAAUUCCAUUCCCAGGGUCCAAAGAGAUUGUAUACCAAUUUCAAUAAACAAAUUUUGUAGGGUAACUUCUAAGAUGGCAAGUGACUUCGAUUUCCAGUUUCACCCAGCCUUUCAAGAUGGCAGCCAGGUCAAAUUCCUGACCCUGAGGUGGUACAUAAAUACCAAAAUUCCUACUCAGGGGGCCCUCUUGGUCAAUUUCCUGUGGGUGGCCAAUCUCCCCUCCCCCUCAUAUCUUGGCGCAAACCACUGAUAGUUGCAUUGAUCAAGCUAAUUAUAUAAAAAAAACUGAAAUAAUGUAUAAAAUGAAAAGAGCAGACCUGCAUGUUUUUGUUGGAAAUGGGAGGAUGGUUGAUUUUUAGAGAAAAAUCUCUCAGAUUCCUCGUCAAGUCAAGGAACACUUAACAAAUGGAUUUUAAGAAUGAAUAAAAAGAUGGGAGAGAUUUUCUAGGUUAAGGAAAAGUUCUGCUAGUUAACUGUUACAAGUGGUUUUAUUAGUUCAUUAAUCUAGCUAGUCUGUUCCUAAUUAUUUUUCUGAAUAUUAGGUCUUUGGCCUUGGUAAUAAAACCUAUGAACAUUACAAUGCAAUGGGGAGAUUUGUGGACAAACGGCUGGAAGAGAUGGGGGCUGUAAGAGUAUUUGAGAAGGGAGAGGGAGAUGAUGAUGGAAAGUAAGUUCAAAAGAGAGCAGAAAGUUAUCCUUGCAUACAAAUUUAUACAUGGGGGGUGCUAGUAAACUAGUUACUACCAAUUUUAUUCUGUUCUAGAACAAAAAUAACAAAUCGUCAGGCUCUGAGGCCUUUUGUCCCUUAGGUUAGCUAAUAAUGUUUUUAUUUUUUUCAUAUUUUCUAAGUUUGGAAGAAGACUUUGUACGAUGGAGAGAAGCAUUCUGGCCUGCAGUUUUAAGCAAAUAUAACAUUGAUGUCAGAGAAAUCAAGAGGUACAUUUCUACUAGAACAAAUUUGUUUGUUAUGUCUGUAAUAUUAUACUUUUUUUUGUUUUUUGAGAUUUUUUUUUUUGGGUGACGCUUUUCAGUGUGAGGGUUAUGAGAUGUGCUCUCUGGUAGCAGUUGCACCUCAUUGCCCAAGAUGACUCAUGACUCUGGGGGUAACCUUUUGAUCCUUUGAAAAAUCGAAAAACUGUCAAAUAUGUCUUAGGUGCCAAGUACCACAAAAUCGUCAAACUCCAGAUAUCUUUAAUUGGGAGAUGUUUGAUUCAGCAGAAACAGCCCUGACCCCAAACCCCCUCUUAAAAAUGGGAAAACGAUAUACUUUAUCUGACAUAACUUAUGUGUGUAAUUUAUAUUUUUCAGGAGACUAUCUUCUUGCAUUGAUCGACAAUUCAGACUUGAAGUUCUUAAGGAUUUUCCAGAGGACAAAAUUUAUACUGGAGAAAUGAAUAAACUGAAAUCGUACAUCACUCAAAGACCGUAAGUGCAGACAGGAAAUUGGUCAUAAUUUUGUUGCAGUCUGUUCUUAAAUGAUGAGCUUGAUGUUAGAGUUUAUGGCUCAAAGCUUAUGGAUAAUCUGUUCUUGUUUUCAGGCCCUUUGAUGCUAAGAACCCAUUCAUGGCUAAGGUUCUAGUGAAUCGGGAACUGCACAAAGCUGGUGAACGAUCCUGUAUGCACAUUGAACUUGAUAUCACUGGCUCCAAGAUCAAGUAUGUUUUCUAUCAUAAACCUGUACAUGCAUUUUUUAAGAUAUGUGUUCCCCUUUUUGCUCUUAUACAUGAAAGCCUAUUGUUAUAAAUGACUAUUAGUUGCUAUGGGAUAAAGCAAAGGUAUUCCUUCCAAACCCAUAUUGGCAGAUCAAUGAAGCCAACAGUCAGUAUUAGGGUUAGAGUGGUCAGAAAGAGGCCAUGAAUGUGCAAACUCCUUCAUAGAAUGUGUUGCUCUCUUGCUCUCCUUGGCAUGUUCUUAAUUAGAAUGUGUUAUUCAACCAAGGUAUGAUGCGGGAGACCAUGUUGCUGUUUAUCCCAUGAAUGAUCCAGAACUUGUGGAGAAACUAGGAAACCUCUUGAAUGUGGAUCUUGACGCAGUGGUUUCACUGAACAAUACAGAUGGUGAGAAGUUAAUGAAUAUACAACUACUGAAAUUCUAUCAAAACUCCUUGUCACCUUUGCUUUCUUUGGUUCCCAGCAUUGAUCAACACAAUUGAAUUCAGUCAAAAGUUUGUUUUCCAUAAUAAAAAGUGACACUACUGCUUUAGUAGUACUUUUCAGUAAUCCUUUGUACCCUAACAUCAGAAUGGAUAUUCUCCUUAAUGUUCUCCAUACAUUCUUGAGGUGCUGACAAGGAGAAUUUGUUUGACAUUUGUGAACAUUUCCUUUGUUCUUGUGACCCUAAUGUGUGAAUCAGGGGUGAUAUUGUAAGGAGAAAUUAGAUGCUAGUCUUUGUUAAGGGUCAAGGGAUGAUCUUUGUGGCUCAUGCGAUCAAGCAAAGUACAGGGCGUGAAAUUAAUUUUUUUUUUCUGAAAGCCACUUGGCUCCUAAAUUCUUCAAAGUGGUAGCCAAUUCGAAAAAAGUUAGUCGCCACUUCCAAAGACAAACAAGACCUUUUUUACGCUGUCAGCGUUCUAGAUAGACCCUCCAAAAUUAAGUUAAGGAAAAGAUCUUUCACGUGCUACAAGUGGACACUAGGAUGGAUGGUAUACAACGUUCAAGCUCACAUUAAUCCAAGAUGGCGUCUAGUUAUCGAUCGAGAUGCAUGUGCUGCGUUUUGGAAACCAACUUAACGAGGAAGUUUGCCGCGGAUUUAUCUUUGCAAAUCUUUUUAAUUCACUAUAUCUCUUGGUAAAGUUAUGAUGAAACAUUCUAGUCGCCAAUUUGGCGGCUAAUUUUCAGGAUUUGGCAGUCAAAGUGGAAAAAUUUAGUCGCAUUGGCGCCUGUAUUGGGCGUAUUUCACGCCCUGAAGUAGGAUUGAAAGUUAACUCCCGUAGUUUUUCUAGAAAGAUAAAAAUACUUUGAUGAAGCAAAAUUGUUGACUAAAACUCUCCUAGUGCUAAAAUUGUUUUUUAUUUAUUCAAAGUGUUGCAGUGCUGGUAAAUUUUAUUUUUUAUUCUCUAUAUCAAGUUUAAAGUUACAUGUCUCGAGAAUUCUCCCCUCUAGCUGCGAUAUGUUCCCUUGUAAAUUAGUUACAUGAAUUUGUUGUUAGGUCAAGAAAAUAACUUUUACCUGAUAAGUUUGAGUAUUCCUAUUACCUGUGUGAUGGAUAUUGUAAGAUAUAUCAAAGGGAGAACUAAGAUGUUAAUCACUUCUUGGAGUUAAAGGAUGAAGACACAUGCCCUUGACUAACUAAGCAAAUAUCUUUGCCCAUUCUAAAGAUAAGUUAUCAUGUACUCAUAGGCAUGCUAAGAACUUGUCAGAAAGAUUAAUGACUGAGCGCUCUUCCUUCAACCAACAUAUCUGAUACUUGUAGUAUCAGAGGGAGAACAUUGAGGCCAACAUCUUCAUGGAUCGUUUUUAGGCAGGAAAGUCUUAUGAUAUCAUAGCCUUUGAGAUUUAAUUUCAAGGGUUACGAAUCAUUGGAUUAUCAGCCUUAAGACACUGGGAAAGAGAAUCAUUUAAAUAGUCUAUUGUGGUCUAAGAUUAUCUUAUACCCCUGCUGGUAUAUCUUUACAAGCACAAAUAUUUUGACAGACAUCUUUAUGUGCAGUUGUGGGUUGUAAGAUGCAGCAAUGUCAUAUCCUUUAAAUUGAUUUGAAGGCAUAUGAAAUUGCUGCGUCUUACAGUCCUCUCUAAAAUUGCAAUUUUGUUACUUCUUGCUUGUUUGAUAUUAUUUGUUUGCAUUUAUGACACCCCUGCUAGUAUAUCUUUACGAGCCCAACUAUUUUGAAGGAUCUUUAUGUGCAGUUGUGGGUUGUGAGAUGCAGCAAUGUCGUAUCCUUUUAAUUUAUUUAAAGGCAUACGAAAUUGCUUCGCUUUACAACCCUCUCUAAAAUCUCAAUUUUGUGACUUCUUGCUGGUUUGAUAUUACUUGUUUGAAUUUAUGAGCAAAAAACUUCCGAGAUUUCCUCCCCCUUUCCUUGAUACUACUUGCAGCCUCCCUGUCAAAUCCUCAUUGCAGAUAGCAAAUGGAUGGAGUAUUGUAACAGAUGGAUUCCAUGUUGCUGUGCAUCUGUUCAGUAAUAGAUCUCAGAUGAUGUCAAAUUGCAUUAAGAACAAAAGAGUGGCAUGUGAAGCACAGCUGAGUGUGUCACUGGUGUUAUUACCACAUUUUCACAUUUUCUGUCAUCUGUUAUGGUACAGACCCAUGGCAAAAUGGAAUCUACUCAUUUUCCAUGAUAAAAAAGCAAGAUGUUGUGGACCCUUUUUAACUCCCAAGAUCUUAUUAGUAAUUCUCCUUAUUGUCAGCCAUAUAGUUCUUGUGAUGUUUUUGUGGAGAAUUUGGUAUUGGAUUAACUAAGAAUCCCCUAUUUGUAAUUAAUAUUUUUCUUUAUUCUCAUUACUUGUCUGCUUGAUAUUGUUUUGAUUUUGUGAGGAGAAAUUCUGUCUUGGUCACCCAUGGGAGUUAAAGGGUUAAUGGUAAUGUCAUAUAUAGGUUAUGGUAACAUUAUUUAUACAAACAAUAACCUUGCUGUAAUUGUUUAUGUUUCAGAGGACUCACCUAGGAAACAUCCUUUUUCUUGCCCCACAACAUAUUUCACUGCACUGCUGCACAUCAUCUAUAGGUUAAUGGUAAUGUCAUUUACACUCAAUAAACUUGCUGUGAUUCUUAUGUUUUCAGAGGACUCACCUAAGAAACAUCCUUUUCCUUGCCCCACAACAUAUCGCACUGCCUUGCUGCACUAUGUAGACAUUGCCAGUGUAGUAAAGACUCACGUGUUGAGAGAACUAGCAGAAUAUGCCAAGGAUUUUGAGCACAAGGAGUUCCUCAUGAACAUUACUGAUACAACAGAGGAGGCAAAGGUAGUUUUUCUUUUUUUCACACCUUUGAAUGAAUUGUAAUCAUCCCUUGAUUACACCUUAUACAAAUUCUCCAUGCUGUUCUUUUUACAAAGGGAAUUUGUUUAACAGUCAAGAUCUUUUGUUGUUGGUGAUCAUUUUGUUUAUUCUUGUGACCUUAAUGUGUGAUUCAGGGGUGAUAUUGUAAGGAGAAAUUAGAUGCUAGUCACUCUUAGGGCCAAAGAGUUACAAGGUUGUAAGGAUUACUCAUUCAUUAUUUGACUGAGGUGUAUCCUACACCUCCAUUCAUACAAUAAAAAAUGUUUUGGUGUUUGACUGGGAAAUGUUAAACCUACUUGCAUUCAUUCAGCCUUUACUUAUAGUGAAUAAAGCUAAAUAGAAAUAGUUGAUUGCUUGCAAAGGUUGAAAAGGUAUUUGUAAAAUUUUUAUUUCUCAAUAGAAACAAUAUCAAGAUUGGGUUCUUACUCCACACCGGCAUGUUGUAGCUGUCUUAGAAGAUCUUUCCUCUCUCAAGCCACCUCUUGAUCACUUGUUGGAGCUUUUACCUCGAUUGCAGUGCCGUUACUACUCGAUAUCAUCAUCACCAAAGGUAAAAUAGCAAACAUUUGCAUUUGAAGUACUUAUCAUUAGUAGAGAUUGUCUCUAUUAAGUUGGUGAGCGUAAUAGUAUUUGCAUUAUGUUAACAUACAAUUUUCAUUGUAUUGAUGUUAAAGUUACAUGUAUGUUUAUGGGGGGGAAGGGGUGGGUGAAAGAGAAUUGUAGUCAUUUCGCACCUACCUUACAUAACAUGGCUUGGGCAUGUACUUUCUGAUAUGUACCUUUUAAAAAAGUAAUGCUUGCCAAAUUGUAUAUAGUAGACAUUUUUUUCAAGAAUAACUUGCUAUUGCAAUUGAGGACUUGAGCUAACCUGCAAAGUUUGCAUGUUAAUUUUCUUGUAGAUGUAUCCCACCUCAAUUCACAUCACUGCUGUACUUGUAAGGUGGAACACAUCCACUGGUCGAGUACAGAAAGGUGUUGCUACUAACUGGCUUGCCACCAAGAAGCCUCAGGGUAAUGUAAAAUAAACCAUAUUAUUAUUUAAUGGAUUAAAGUCUAGUUGUGAGAAACACUGAAAAGGUGUAGGGUUGAAAAGAGUGUAAAAGUGCUCAAGCACUCUAACGUGGUUGGUUAUACUACCUUAGUGACUAUCUUACCAAGUGUCAAAAGUCCAUUAUCAAGAUCAUCACAAUUCCUUUAGUUAUUGACAGAAUUUUUUCUUCUAAGCCUUGGAUACUUCAAACGUUUUUCUAAACUAACUGAUUUCCAGAACAUGCCAAAAGUUAAAACCUUUCAAAAACAUUAUUGUUGGAAAAUUUCUGAGAAACAUCUCUCUCCCCAAAUCUGAUACCAUUUACUCUAUGCUUACAAACAAAAUUGUUAUUUUGUUGCAGACCUGGAAAAUGUUUGUGUACCUAUCUUUGUUCGUAAAACACAGUUUCGUCUACCAUUCAAAUCAGUGACCCCUGUUGUCAUGGUGGGCCCUGGAACUGGCUUUGCUCCUUUCAGAGGAUUUAUACAGGAUAGGCAUGUCCAGAAACAGAAUGGUCAGUAACUUGUUGCUCUAUGCUGGAAAGGAACGUUUAGUUGGAAGAAAGAUUAACCCUUUACACCCUAACAUCAGUAUGCAUAUUCUCCAUACUGUUCUCUAUACAUUUCUUAAGGUGCUGACAAGGAGAAUCUGUUUAACAAUCAAGAGCUUCCUUAGUUGGUGAUCAUUUUCUUUAUUCUUGUGACCUUAAUGAGUGAUUCAGGGGUGAUACAGCAAGGAGAAAUUAGAUGCUUAUCACUCUCAGGGUAUAUAGGGUUAAUGAACACCUACUAUCAGGUCAGGGCUGUGGACUCUGGAGCAAGAGCUCUGGGUUCAUGGGAGUGAAAGGGUUAGCCUGACCUUCUUAGACAAUGGAGUAACUGUCUUCAGUUGAUUAUGAUUUUGUUAUGCAUAGACUGUUAGUUUUCAGUUGGUUAGAAACAAUCAACUUAAUGCUCCCAGACAUAGAGAUUAUAUAAUUUUGUUUGUCUAGUGAGUUGCAUCAGUCUUCGUGAUGUGAUAUACAGCUGUAUUUGCUACACUCUGUCAUGACAACUGCAAGGUUAAAAUCCAUCUUUAACAGUUGCUUAAUGGUUUAUCGUGGGAACUAUCACCAAAAACAAUUCAACUGAUCAUAUUGAAUGAUUAGCCCUUUCACUCCCAAGAUCUGAUUGUUUAUUUUCCUCUCCAGCUGCUACAAAUAUCCUUGUAAAUUAGUUACAAGAAUUUGAUGUUGGACCAAGAUAAAUUAUUUUUGAUUAGUUUGAGAAUUCUCAUUAUCUGUUUGCUGCAUAAUGUAUAGAUAUUAUGGGAAGAAGUUACAUGUUAAUAACUUAAAAUUGGAAGUUUAGGGGUUAAUUAGAUAUGUCUGUCUUAAGACUAUGUUAACUGAGGAAGUGGCAACCUUUUUUCUUCAGGAAAACAAAUUGGUGACAUGGAGUUGUUCUUUGGCUGCCGCAAAAAAAGUGAAGACUACAUCUAUGAGGAUGAGCUGUCAUCAUAUACACAAGAUGGUACCAUUUCAAAAUUGCAUGUGGCUUUUUCCAGAGAUCAGGUAAUUUCUUAUUAUGGUGCUGUCUAUUGUCUUAUGUCGAUUAGGCUAAUUUACCUUACACAAACUCAUUAGAGGUAUUUAAACUGCUACAUCACAACGUCAGUAUACAUAAUUAUUCUCCAUACUCUUCUCUAUACAUUUGCUAAGGUGCUGAUAAGGAGAAUUUGUUUUGUAAGCAGAGCCUCUUUAGUUGGUGAUCAUUUCCUUUAUUCUUGUGACGUGAUUGUUUGAUUCAAGGGUGAUAUUGUGAGGAGAAAUUAGAUGCUAGUCACUCUUACGGGUCAAAAGGUCAAAGAACAAGACUGGUUGCUUAUCCUCAUAUGCUGAGUGCGGCUAAAGAGAGCAGCUUGGUGUAAUGUUUUUUUCAUUUUGUUUUUAUGUUAUAUUUACAGGAGAAGAAGGUCUAUGUUACCAAUCAAAUGACAGAGAAUAAGGAGAAUAUUUGGAACAUAUUAAAUAGUGGAGGCCACAUCUAUGUUUGUGGGUAAGGAACUUUUAUUUGAGUUCGAGAAAAAGCAAAUCAACUCAAAAUGAAAAAUCAGCAAAUCAAAGUACUGUAAUUCUAAGAAGUUGGACCUGAUGUCAAAGCUUUUUUUAUAUAAAUAGACCACACAAAUUUGGGAAUCAGUUGGAGUUGGGUACAAUUUUGAAAACAAAAUGAUUUUCCUCUUUAAAGCAACAAACUAUGAAUAACUGAUGACAAGAGAAGAUUUGAUAAAAACUACCAAAGACAAUCCAUGGUAACUUUUCUCAGCUCAAGCUUGCAUUGGUGAAAUUACACUUACAAAGAUUGGCCAAUGAAAGGAGCAUUUUAGGGUGUUAUUUCAAAUUAUAUGUAUAGUAAUUUACAGAUCUCUAUUAUUUGUUAUUAGUUAUUAUUAGUAUUUAUAUAUUUCUAUUAUUAUAAGUUAUUACACAGGAAUUUUGAUUGGUUCUUACUCAUGAUCUAUGGGAGGACAGAUGCAUAGAUAAUCUCACCAUUAAAAACAAUUUUCUUUUUUCAUCAUAUGAAACAAAUAGAGUCAAUGUUGCAGUGGCUCUGUUCAGUAAUUUAUCACACAAGACAUCAAUAUUUAGUGAGAAUGUCAAUGACACAUUUAGCUCUGUAUGGUGUGCUACCCUUCUGUUCUUGCCACAUUUUGAUGUCAUAUUUGACCUAUAAAACAGACAACACGCUAUCUAUUUUUUUCAUUAAAGAAGGGUUUGUUGAGUUAGUUUGAUUUUAUGGUAUAAGAGUAAUGCAUUAGACACACCAAGAUGUAAGUAAUUUGGGAAAAAAUAGGAAGUACAUGAUCAACAGUUUAACUAUUCGACUUCUUUAUUUUAGUGAUGCUCGAAACAUGGCACGUGAUGUGCACAACAUACUGCUGACAAUCAUCAAGGAAAAUGGUAGCAUGUCUGAAAAUGAGGCAGCUGAUUAUGUAAAGAAACUCAGUGCAAAGGGAAGAUACUCGGUCGAUGUUUGGAGCUAA